AAGAUGAUCCAUUAUGGAGACAUAGCUAUACGACUCAGCCGCAGUGCCCUGAGCUGCCCAGGGCAAGCCUGCUUCUGGCCAAAAUCCAGCUCUGGUGUGGUCAUUGUUCCCUACACAUUGUCUUCUGAUUACUCCUCCGCUGACUCUGCCGUUAUCCACUCAGCCAUUCGGGAAUAUUCCUCCUUAACGUGCAUUCGUUUUGUGGAAAGGAAAACAGAGACAGAUUAUAUCCAGAUACGCUCAGUGGAUGGAUGCUGGUCUUAUCUGGGCAGGAUUGGAGGGCCUCAGGAUCUCUCUUUACUCAACCCUGGCUGUGUAUCGAAGGGGAUUGUUCAACAUGAACUCAACCACGUCCUGGGAUUUGUCCAUGAGCACACGAGGAAUGACCGUGACGCCUAUGUGGACAUAAACUGGAAAUAUAUAUCAGACGCCUACAAAAGUAAUUUUGAGAAGUUCCAGCCAGAAACCAAUAACCUGGCCUUGCCUUAUGAUUACAUGUCCGUGAUGCACUAUGGAAGAUAUGCCUUCACCAGCGUCCUCGGACAACCCACAAUAGUGCCAAAGCCUGACGCCACUGUCACUAUAGGGCAGAGAUAUGGACUGAGCAGCCUGGACCUCGUGAAGAUAAAUCGUUUGUAUCGGUGCGACAUGUGUAGUUUUAUUCUCUGUGAGCUCUCUGGCACUUUUCAUUCUGGAUACACGGAUUCUGCGCCUCUCAAUACACCGGGUUGUGUCUGGCUCAUUCGUGUUCCUGCAAACAAGGUCAUUUUGCAGUUCCAUAUCUUCAGUACAUCUCCAGCCUGCUCCACUGACUACAUGAUCAUUUACGAUGGAGCCAGCAAGUCCUCUAGGGUGCUUCUAAAUACAACAUGUAGGACGGCGGAGCCUCCACCAGUGGUGUCCACUGGAAGCCUGAUGUUAGUGGAAUUUUGGAGCAACCAGAAGACAAGUUUCUCAGCCUCAUACCACACAGUGUCUUGUGGUGGGACAUUCACAGCUGUAAAUGGGACAGUGACAUCGCCAGGAUUUCCCACCAAGUAUUUUCCGUCUACGGACUGUAAAUGGUCCAUUGUGGCUCCUCUUGGGUGUAAGGUGCAGCUCAUCUUUACCUCUUUUACCCUGGAGCUUUCCCGUAACUGUAUCUAUGAUUACCUCUCCAUUCUGCAUGGUUCUUCAGAUGACUCCUCAAUUUUAGCAAAGUUUUGUGGAUCCAAGAAGAUGGAGACACUGGUAUCUGCAGGGAACUGGGUGCUGCUAGAGUUUCACACGGAUAAAUCAGUGCAAAGUACUGGGUUCCAAGUCAAGUACACUUGGGUUCCCAUGCAUAUCAAUGUUUCUUCAUCGCUUCAGACUACCCUGCGUAGUCCGGCUUUAUAA